AUGUUGAGUGUUGGCCUCAACAUAGACCCCUGGGGUCCACCAGAGAUCACUGGUCUCCAACUGGACGUUGUGCUACUGAUUGAACUUGCCAGUUCCACCAAUUUUCAGUUAUGCACAGAUAAUAAUCCCUGGGUGAAACUGGGGACUGUUAUGCUACAGAGAUGCCCACCUGAAGAAAAGGAGAACACAGGAAAUGAAAUUUUGAAAAUCUGCCGUUCUUUCUAUGAGACAAAGCACAUGCUCCCUGUCGAGUGUAUAAAGGAAUUAUGUUUGCUGCUGCUUAACCAGUCCCUCCUGCUGCCAUCCCUGAAACUGCUGGUAGAAAGCAAAGAUCAAGAUCUUCAUGCUGUGGCACUGGAGCAGAUAACAGCUCUUGCUAAGGUUGAUGAUUCCAGUUGUGAUGCUGAAAUCCUUUCCUUGCUCCUCAAUGCCAAGUUAGUGGUGAAGUGCGUAUCUACUGCCUUCUAUCCUCGCCUUAUUGACCACUUACUGGCUAACCAGCGAGAGGGAGGCUGGGAUGUAGAGGAAAUAGCAAAACAACUGAAAGAAGCAGGGUUCAACGCAGAGGCCGGGUCACUCUUGCUGUCUCAUCGAGGGACUCAUCCUGCACUCAGGACUUUUUCUACUGCCCUCCAGGCUAUUCAGCAUUGGAUCUGAAAAUGUUGUAUUUAUGCAUUUGUCUGCCUUUUUGCUGAAGAUCUUACACAAAAGGGAGAAAUUGUUGUUCUAAUGAAGUAACAAAGUUAUUACCUACAUUUUGCAGAAGAUACAGACAGCACACUUACAGUGAAUUCCCAUAUGCUUCUAAUCAUUAAAAAAAAUUAUUGGUGUGAAUUGUAUCGUUCUGUUAUAUGAGUAGCAAAGCAUUGAAUCUGAU